CUGGCUCACGUGGUACGGCGCGAGGUUCCGGGCCGCCGCCGUGUGAAUAAUUCCCAAAACUUUUGUGGUUUUCAAUUCAAACAAAAGACUAGAAAUCAGAAUAAUCUUCACAUUUCUUUGAAUAAGAAGUCAUAAUGCAACGAAGGCAGGGAAGAGUCAACGCUGGACUGCUUUUGCUGCUUUAUCAAAUUUCUCAAGUUGGACUCCAGAACAUUCCUUCUGUUACCCUUGGGGUACUUGUACUGAAUAUUUUUCUCUUUCUGAACCCUGUGAGGCCACUGUCUGAAGUGUGCAUCAGUGUAAAGGAAGGCUUCUACAGAAAGAACUGGCAGCGUUUACUGCUUUCUCCUUUCCAUCAUGCAGAUGACUGGCAUUUAUAUUAUAACAUGGUUUCCAUGCUUUGGAAGGGGAUAAUGCUGGAAAAAAAGCUUAAGAGCAUAUGGUUUGCAUACAUAAUUGCAGUCUUUUCAUUGCUGAUUGGAGUUGUUUAUAUGGUGCUGGAAUUCAUGCUUAUGAAAAUUCUGGAUGAUCCUUCGUAUGAAAUGAAUUGUGCUGUGGGUUUUUCAGGAGUCUUGUUUGCUUUGAAAGUUCUCAACAACCAUUACAAUCCAGGAAGAGUCAGCAGUGUUCUUGGAGUGCGGAUACCCAGUAAAUAUGCUUGUUGGGUGGAGCUGGUGGCUAUUCAUUUAAUCUCCCCAGGGACUUCUUUUGCUGGGCAUCUGGCGGGGAUUCUUGUUGGAUUGAUGUACACUAUGGGACCUCUGAAAAAGAUCAUGAAAGCCUGUGCAGGUGGCAUUUCUUCAUUUACUGACCCUGCCAGGCCAAGGGACUACUACUAUUCAGACUAUUAUGACUAUCCAGGUUACCAAUACAGGACGCCAAGGAACUAUUAUGAUUAUACAGGUGGCCUCACUGAAGAAGAACAACUGGAAAGGGCAGUGCUAAACAGUCUUAAUGAAAGAGAUUUUGGUGGAGCAACAUACAAUAAUGAGCGGCGACCCUAUGGCUUUUGGUUUCCACCUGAGCAACAGUCACAAGAGGAAGUAAGAAGGCAAAGGCUUCGUAGGUUUGAGAGACGAUGAAACUGGCAGGUGUUGGUGUAAAUUGUAAAGCGCUAUUCAGAGUUACCAAAAUAUUUGCAGAUUUAUUUGUAAUCUGUAAUAUGAAGAUUUGUUUGUAAUAUUUUUCCAGAUUUUUUUACUAUUAGCUGCAAAACUGCAGAGGAUUUUGUGAGUUUAGGAUCAAAAUUGGAACCUGCAUAAAAACUGUGAGAUUAGAAUCAAAAUGUGAUCUUUGGCAGUCUCCAUCUUAAUGCACCUUAAAUAUGGAAGAUGACUGAUGGUUUUACCAAACUGUCUUUUUUUUCCUAAGUUCUUUUGUGUAGCUUCAAGAAUUCCUUGGCUUUUUGACGGCUGAUAUUUUCAGACAACAGGUUUACUUCAUCCACCACAGAUGAGAAAAACAUUACUUUUUUUUGUAUACAAUUGUAAAACUAUGCAAUUUUUCCUUACAAAAUUGUCUCUGGGAUGACCAACUGGUUUUGGGAUUGGCGUGUGAAAUGUCACUUGACAUUUGUUGCUUUGAUGACGACAGCUGGAUCAUGAGAGCCUAGGCUCAAGCUUUCCAGCAGUCUUGCGAACUGUGUGAAAAAUCGUUGUGGGUGUCCUUGCCUUAAGGAGUUAUUUAAUACAAGCUUUCAGUCUUGCAGUCUUCCUUAAAACAUGCUAUUUUAUUUAGAGCUUGUAUGUGAUAAAAAUGAGUUGUAACUACUUGUUAAGAAAGGCUUUAAGAAAUCAUAUUUAUAUUUUAAAUUAAGAAAUGCUUCCCUUUAGAGUUGAAAUAAUUUGUUGGGAGUUUUAUGGAAAGGGAGGUGGAUAUACCAUACAAAGAAUGUAUUUAUUUAGUUACUUAGUCUUUUUCAAAGCAUCUUUUUUUUUCCUUUUUAAGAAAGCUCGGAAAUGGUAUGUCUUGGUUGCUUUUCUAUAAGUGCAGUAGCCAUAGAAUAAAACAGCAGAUAUUUCUACAGUCGGCUAACUUUUCUACACUCACUAAAAAUAUGUAUCAAAAACCUGCAUACAGUUUACAUAUUUUUCUCAGUAGGUACUAAUUAGAUGUAAAUGAGGAGGGAGCAUUGGUUCCUCAGAGUAAUCUUUUAAUGCUCUGGUCAAAAGUUUCAGUGUAAUUUACUGUCUUAAUCUCUGUUAUUUUAAUUAUUUAAAACCACUGGAUUAACCACUAGUUGGGUGAAAAAUGGUACUUAAGUAAAAUCAAAAACACGUUUGUAAUUUUAAAAGCACUUGUUUUUGUAAAGUGAGGUUAGAAAUAUUUGCCAUUAAAUAUUCACUAAAAUUGCCAGUAAUAAUAAUUGUUCAGCUGUUUUGACUC